GCCAAGUCAUCGUUUAUUUCUUCUAAGUUUUUUUUUUUUGGGCCAAUAUUUCUUCUAAGUUGAAGAUUUCGUUAUCCGCACACCGAAGCGUGCGCAUGGCUUCCUGUCCAUCUCUGCUUCUUUCACUUGGUUCUGCUUACGGUAGAAGUCUGUCGUACGCUCCCCGAGUCAUUCCUGAUGACAAACUUCGAUGUCUGGCUGUGCAUUACCCAAGCUUCGAUCUUCAAACCAAGUCCACAAGGGGAAGAGAAUGCGUCGCUAUGUUCAACAACAUUACACGGAGAGACAUUCUCGGAUUAGCUUUCGGAGCCCCAAGCCUCUUCAUGACUUCAUGUCCUGCCAAAGGAGCUGGUUUGCCCCCAGAGGAAAAGCCAAGGCUCUGUGAUGAUACCUGUGAGAAAGAGCUUGAAAAUGUGCCUAUGAUAACUACUGAGUCAGGUUUGCAAUACAAAGAUAUUAAAGUUGGAAAAGGCUCUACACCACCAGUUGGAUUUCAGGUGGCUGCUAACUAUGUUGCGAUGAUUCCAUCUGGACAAAUAUUUGAUAGUUCAUUGGAGAAAGGUCAGCCUUACAUAUUUCGCGUUGGCUCUGGCCAGGUGAUAAAGGGACUUGAUGAAGGAAUUUUGGGCAUGAAAAUAGGAGGAAAACGCCGGCUGUACAUACCUGGAUCAUUGGCAUUCCCACAAGGUCUUACAUCUGCUCCAGGAAGACCAAGGGUGGCUCCGAACAGUCCAGUCAUAUUUGAUGUUAGUCUGGAAUAUGUCCCAGGACUUGAACUGGACGAGGAAUAAAUCAACCGAGGUCUGCAGCAUUUCUUGGUUCCCGUUAUUCCCUUAUGUGAACACGGGAAACCAAUAACUAGACAAUGCACCCUUAAUUCAUUGGUUCUAAGAGAUUAGAAGUGUUGUACGGAAGCGGUGUUGUUAAGAUUACACGUGUGUGUGUUUGUAUGCAUCCCAUGCAUGCAUAUUUAUCUGUUUUGAACACUGUACAAAUCCCUCUGUCGAGGCUGGCAAACAGACAAUAGAGUGACUUAAAGGCUUAAGAGGCC